CCUACUGUGCAGCUACGUCCCCGACAGCCCGGCAUCACGUCACGUGUCAGGACUCCCGGGGUCCUGGGCCAAGUUUCUCAGUGUCAGAUCAUCCACGGAGCUCCAGCAGAGCGCGACCCGCACGGUCCGUCCUCCACGCGCGCAUCUCCGCUCCACGCUGCGUAACCAACACCUCGGCGAGGAUGGACGGGUGGAUUGCACGGAUGUGGAUAGGGGAAGAAUACAGCAGUUGAUUCUUUGAAUACUUCCAGUGAUUUUUUUUUUUUUUUGAACGGCUCUCGGAUUACCUUUGUGAUCUGCGAAAAGCAAAGAGAAGUGAGGAGAUUUGGAAGAGCGGAAGGAGACGGAAGGAGAAGGAAAGCUCCGGGUAGCUGAGGAAGGCUGGGCGCGCUGGAAACACGGAAAGUCUCGGAUCAUGCUUAUGGGAACUUCCGAUUCCGUCUCGAUAAGGUAUUUUUUAAAGAAUAAAGUUGUUCUGUCUGCCUCUAAUGCUUUAAUAUCCAUCGAGUCCACUUUUUAAGGGAGAAAAAAAACACCAAAACACAGGUGAUGGGCGCUCCAUUUCUCCCCGGCGGUGUGUGUUUUUAUUUCCUUUGACACCGUUUGAAAUGUACUUUUCCACAGCAUGCUUAACAUUUCCGCUCUUUUGUCACACAAUGCCUUCAGGAGAGCGAACAACUGUCGCGAGCGUCAGAUGCGCUUUUCCCCCCCCUCACACACAACGGUCUACGGUGGACAACAAAGCCCAUUAAAAAGCCUUAAAAAGAGAAAAGUCUGUUAGCUGGAUUAUGAUGACUAAUGUUUGGCUCUUGAUGUUAUUCUACUUAAAUAUAAUAAUCAGGAUUAGUGUGGCAUUUGUUGUGUGUGUGUGUUUUUUCUUCUUCUUUUUUGCGCAUUCCCUGCCCACCAUUGCGUGGUGUGGGCUAAAAACCUCCAGUAGACCAGACACAGAGCAGUCCAUCUGUUCAAUCACAUAGCAACAGGAAGAGCGAGGGAGAGCAGGAAGAAACCAAAUCCCUAUUCUCAUUAUGUCACAAUAUGAUUCUGUAGCUCUGAUGAGUUUAGUGCUUCAUUCUGGAGACACAUUAGUGUUUCUAACUACAUGGUGUCACUGGAACAGCAGAUGAUUGUCUGACUGCUCUUCAGUAGUCAUUGCACUCUAUUUGUUUAUCUCCUAUAUCAUAUUCACACACUGUUUAUUUGAUGUUCCUCCAAAGAUUCUCCUUUGAUCAUCUUCAUUUGUGUUCUUUUUUUAAAUUGAGAGACACAGAAAGAGGAAAUGUUUGGAAAUAAAUGCUCCCGUAAAGCUUCAAGCGCUGCCAGGUUAGUAAGCGAAUAUUGAUGAUCUGUGUCCAGAUUGAUCGGACGCGAGUUCUUUAGCUGCUGAGGGAUCGGCGGAGGUUUAUUUGGCUCAUUAUGGGAUUUGUCUCCGAUUGCUCUUUGCUAAGUUGAUCUCUGCUCCGCCCUCGUCCUUCUCCGUUUCCCUGCAUCUUCUGCACAUGUUCUCUCCUCUCCUCCGUCUCUGCACCUCUCUCUAACCCCUCUCCCUCUGACCUCCCCUCAGAGUGGCUCUGCCUGAUGCUCUAUCAUGACUGAUGGCGAGGGGAGAGUGCGCUUUCAGUACGCAGAGUGCCCGGAGGGGCAGGAGGAGGUGAGGCUCGCCAUACCGACGCUCGACAGGAGCGAUGCCCCGGGUCAUGGCGUUGACCCCGGAGGAGGCCAUGAUGAGGAGGAGGAGGAGGAGGUGGAGAGGAGGAGGAGGAGGAGGGGAGACGGAGCAGAAUGGAGUCCCGAGGUUCAGGAGCAUGAAGACCUGGAACCAGAGCUGGAGGUGGAAGUCGGACCAACAUUCGGAGUUCGCAUCAGGGCUCCUAUUCGGGAUCCGGACUGCGUCUCCGAGGAGGAGGAGGAGGAGCAGCAGCCGUACCCGGCCCUGGCCCCCGUGGCCUUCUUCUGGUUAAAGCAAACAACGAGGCCUCGCAACUGGUGUCUGCGCCUCGUGUGUAACCCGUGGUUCGAGCACGUAUCCAUGCUGGUCAUCCUGCUCAACUGCGUCACUCUGGGGAUGUUCCAGCCCUGUGAAGACGUCACCUGUCAGUCCGAGUGGUGCCGCAUCCUACAGGUAUUGGACGACUGUAUCUUUGCUUUCUUUGCGGUGGAAAUGGUCAUCAAGAUGGUGGCCCUGGGAAUUUUUGGCCCCAAUUGUUACCUUGGCGACAAGUGGAACCAGCUUGACUUCGUCAUCGUCAUGGCAGGGGUGAUGGAGUAUUCUCUGGAUGGCCAUAAUGCCAGUCUGUCUGCCAUCCGAACCGUCCGAGUGCUCCGGCCCCUGAGGGCCAUCAACAGAGUACCAAGUAUGCGGAUUUUGGUGACACUGCUGUUGGACACCCUGCCCAUGCUGGGAAACGUCCUCCUCCUCUGCUUCUUUGUCUUCUUCAUCUUCGGCAUUGUGGGAGUCCAGCUGUGGGCGGGACUACUGCGCAACCGCUGCUUCAUGGAAGAGGACAUCAGAAUAAUGUACAACUUGUCCAUGAGUCCUUACUACAUGUCGGAGGAAGGUGAAGACACCCCGUUCAUCUGCUCGGCUCCCCGCGAGAACGGGAUGCUGCGCUGCCACAACGUGCCGGCCCAAGUGGAGGGCGGGGCCAAUUGCUCGUUGGCCGCUCCUCUCCAAAGUUCGGCUCUGAUUGGAGCGGCCGUGGCCAGCGUUAACGGCUGCGUUAACUGGAACCAGUACUACAACGUGUGCCACCCCGGGGAAUUCAACCCUCACAAGGGAGCUGUCAACUUUGACAAUAUCGGCUACGCCUGGAUAGCCAUAUUCCAGGUCAUCACACUGGAAGGAUGGGUAGAUAUCAUGUACUAUGUCAUGGACGCUCACUCCUUCUACAAUUUUAUAUAUUUUAUACUGCUCAUUAUCGUGGGCUCUUUCUUCAUGAUCAACUUGUGCCUCGUGGUCAUCGCCACCCAGUUCUCCGAGACGAAGCAAAGGGAGAACGCCCUGAUGAGGGAGCAGCGCGCUCGCUACAUGUCCAACGACUCCACGCUGGCCAGCUACAGCGAGCCGGGCUCGUGCUACGAGGAGAUGCUGCGCUACAUCAGCCACCUUUAUCGCAAGUUCACACGCAGACUGCAGAGGAUAUACUCUGGGUGGCACAGUAAAAGGCGUAAAAAGGUGAAUCCUAACGGCAGCGGCGGCAGUAACGGCGGGGGUAACGGACACGGACACGGCUCCAGCAGGGGCUGCGGGGGCUUAGGCCCGGGCAGCGCACUGUGGUUGAGACCGAUCCACAACCUGCUGCAGCACCAUCAGCACCAGCACUGUCGCCUCAGCAACGGGGGGCAGCACACUGUCAGCGUGGUGAUGGGCGAGCACACGGACGGGGAGCGGGGAGGGGAGGAGCUGGAGAUGAAGUCGCUCCCCGUGCGGAGAGCAAGCACGAACGCAAACAGCGGCGACGCGUCCGGCGACGCCCAAGGCGGCAUGGGGGCGCUGCUCGGCCGGCUGAACGGGGGGAUGAACUAUCCCACCAUACUGCCGUCGUUUGUGUGCAGCUACAGCAGCAAGACGCCGCCCCCCCACUCCAAGCAGUGUGGGCCCAGUCCAGAGCAGCACCCGCCAAACCACCCGGCAUCUGAACACACAGAGACGCUGAACAAGCUCUACCAGCUCAUGGGACAGCACAGUCGCCAGCGGCUGCUAUACCAGCUGGCAGGCGUGGUGCCCAGCCCUCUGCUCCUGGAGCUGCUCAGCUGCCCCCUAUGUGCCCGCAGCCUGGAGACCUUGGAGCUGGAACUGGGAGACCUGGAGGGAGGCAAGGGAGAGGCGGACGGACUGCACGACUUCCCCCAGGGGGGGGAUCCGAGAGGCGGGCGAGGUCGCAGCCGACGGCGAGGGAUCGUGGGGUACAAGAACGUAGUGGUGCGGGCCUGGGUGGGCUUCAGGGAGAGACUGAAGAGGAUUGUGGAAAGCAAAUACUUCAACCGAGGGAUCAUGAUCGCCAUCCUCGUCAACACUCUCAGCAUGGGGAUAGAGUACCACAAGCAGCCCGAGGAGCUGACUGAUGUGUUGGAGAUCAGUAACAUCGUUUUCACCAGUAUGUUUGUGCUGGAGAUGGGCUUCAUGCUGCUGGCUUUUGGCCUGUUUGGAUACAUCAAGAACCCAUACAACAUCUUCGACAGCAUCAUUGUGAUCAUCAGUGUGUGGGAGAUAAUCGGUCAAGCAGACGGCGGGUUGUCAGUCCUGCGAACGUUUCGUCUGCUGCGGGUUCUGAAGCUGGUUCGCUUCCUGCCUGCCCUGAGGAGACAACUGGUGGUGCUGAUGAAGACCAUGGACAAUGUGGCCACGUUCUGCAUGCUGCUGAUGCUUUUCAUCUUCACCUUCAGUAUACUGGGUAUGCAUCUGUUCGGCUGUAAAUUCAGCCUCCAGACGGAGGACGGAGACACUAUCCCCGACCGCAAGAACUUUGACUCUCUGCUCUGGGCCAUCGUCACUGUAUUCCAGAUUCUUACCCAGGAGGACUGGAAUGUGGUGUUGUAUAACGGCAUGGCCUCCACCUCUCCAUGGGCGGCUCUCUACUUUGUUGCUCUCAUGACUUUCGGCAACUAUGUGCUCUUCAAUUUACUCGUGGCCAUCUUGGUAGAAGGCUUCCAGGCUGAGGGUGAUGCUAAUCGGUCGGAGUCGGAUGAUGAGAAGAAAUCUGACAACUUUGAGGAGGACGAGAAGGUAGAACAGCUCAGGGACACUGAGCUAAAAAUGUACUCUCUGAUGAUGACAGCCAAUGGUCACGUUGACCCGUGCGGCUCGAUGGCUCCUCCCAUAAUCAUGCGCACGGCAGCCACCCCCAUGCCCACUCCCAAGAGCUCUCUGGGACCGGAGUCUGUCCUCGAAGAGGAGCUCAUGUACAGGGAGGGGGUGCCUCAGUAUGGCGAGGUGGGACUGGGGUUUUCCGAUGCGGGAAGCAUCCGUGCAGAGUCUCGCCGUGGAAGCUCCACCUCCAUGGACCCUUCAGCCUAUGACCAGCAUUCUCUGAGCCUCUCGAGUCCCGGCCGGCGCUCCCCUCUUCCUCCCCGCUCGUGGGGAAGCCGUCGCUCCAGCUGGAACAGUCUGGGACGAGCGCCGAGCCUCAAAAGGCGAGACACCAGCGGGGAGAGGGAGAGCCUGUUGUCUGGGGAGGGAGGAGAGGAGGAAGAUGGUCGGGAGGGCGCGGGGGAGGCCGGGGGAAACAACCGACUACGGCCGGAGUCCUUGGAGCUGCUGCAGGCGUCCACUCUCUGCCCUCCCAUAAUAGCGGAGUAUGGGGACUGUAACGGCAGGACCCUGACCUAUGACCCCAACGUGAGCUCCGACCCCAAGGACGACUCCUUGCCGGAAGACGACUUGGAUGAUGACAGCUCUUUCUGGUGCUGGCUGAAGAAAGAGCUUCUGAACAUGAAGCCCCACUGGUGCAAAGAGCACGACGACUGGAAUCUGUAUCUGUUCCCUCCAGAGAACAAAUUCCGUAUGUGGUGCCAAAGUGUGAUCUCUCACAAAUUGUUCGACCACGUGGUUCUGGUUUUCAUCUUCCUCAACUGCAUCACCAUUGCUCUGGAAAGACCUGAUAUACAGCUCCACAGCAAGGAGCGAGUGUUUCUGAGUGUGUCCAACUAUGUGUUCACUGUGAUCUUCCUGGUAGAGAUGGCCAUGAAGGUUCUAGCUCUCGGUUUCUGCUUUGGGAAGCAGACUUACCUCCAGUCCAGCUGGAACGUUCUGGACGGUUUGUUGGUGUUUGUCUCUCUGGUCGAUAUUCUGGUCUCUCUGGCUUACACCGGCGGAAACAGGAUCCUGGGCAUCCUCCGAGUGCUGCGCCUGCUACGAACACUACGCCCACUGAGGGUGAUCAGCCGAGCUCCGGGAUUGAAGCUGGUCGUGGAGACGCUCAUCACCUCUCUCAGACCCAUCGGGAACAUUGUCCUGAUCUGCUGCGCCUUCUUCAUUGUUUUCGGCAUCUUGGGGGUUCAGCUGUUCAAAGGGAAGUUCUACCACUGUGAAGGUCUGGACAUGAAGAACAUCACCAACAAGUCGGACUGCCAGCAGGCCAACUACCGCUGGAUACGCAGGAAGUACAACUUUGACAACCUGAUUCAGGCUCUGAUGUCGUUGUUUGUGCUGUCCUGUAAGGAUGGCUGGGUCAACAUCAUGUAUGACGGGCUGGACGCAGUGGGAGUGGACCAACAGCCUGUGAGGAACCACAACCCCUGGAUGCUGCUCUACUUCAUCUCCUUCCUACUCAUCGUCAGCUUCUUCGUCCUCAAUAUGUUUGUCGGUGUCGUGGUGGAGAACUUCCACAAGUGCCGGCAGGACCAGGAAGAAGAGGAGACCCGCUUACGGGAAGAGAAGCGGCUCAAAAUGAUAGAGAAAAAGCGCAGGAGUAAGGAGAAUGGUGGAGCUGAGGCCAAGCAGAGGCCUUACUAUGCGGACUACUCCCCCCUGCGUCUGUCCAUCCACACACUGUGCACCAGCCACUACCUGGACCUCUUCAUCACCUUCAUCAUCUGCAUCAACGUCUUCACCAUGAGCAUCGAGCACUACAAUCAGCCGCAGUACUUAGUGGAGGUUCUGAAGUACUGUAACUACGUGUUUACCUGCAUCUUCAUCGUCGAGACCCUGCUCAAACUUUCGGCUUUUGGCAUUCAACGGUUCUUCAAAGACAGGUGGAAUCAGCUGGAUAUAGCUAUAGUGGCGCUGUCCAUCAUGGGCAUCACACUGGAGGAGCUGAAAAUGAGCUCGGCACUGCCCAUAAAUCCUACCAUCAUCAGAAUCAUGAGAGUACUCCGAAUAGCACGAGUGCUGAAGCUUCUGAAGAUGGCCACAGGGAUGCGAUCUCUGCUGGAUACCGUCAUGCAGGCGCUGCCGCAGGUGGGAAAUCUCGGCCUCCUCUUCAUGCUGCUCUUCUUCAUCUACGCUGCACUGGGAGUGGAGCUCUUUGGCAAACUGGAGUGCACUGAACACAACCCAUGUGAGGGUCUGAGUCGUCACGCUACCUUUGAGAACUUUGGGAUGGCCUUCCUCACACUGUUUCGAGUGUCCACAGGAGACAACUGGAAUGGGAUUAUGAAAGACACGUUAAGGGAGUGUCAUCCUUCAGAGCGCCACUGUCUCCCCUACCUGCCUUUGGUCUCUCCAAUCUACUUUGUCACUUUUGUGCUCAUGGCCCAGUUUGUGCUGGUCAAUGUGGUCGUGGCGGUUUUGAUGAAACAUCUCGAGGAGAGCAACAAGGAGGCGAAAGAGGAUGCAGAGAUGGAUGCAGAGAUCGCCUUGGAGAUGGCGAUGGAGAGGGAACGCAAAUUAAGCAUAACUUCGAACAACAGUUCAGUGGGAGGAACCUAUGUGGGGCCGUGUCCACAUUCACCUGGACAGGAGGAAGAGGUGCAGUACGGCGACCUGCUGUCGUCGAGGAAGAUGUCCGUAUCCAGGAUGCACUCUCUGCCUAACGACAGCUACAUGUUCCGGCCCGUGCGGCCCGCCAGCGCCCCCUACCCUUUGGAGGAGGUAGAGCUCAGUCCCCAGCACCAGCAUUCAGGCUCAGUGACGUCGGUCCACUCACAGCCAUGUGAGAGCCGCGCGCUGCUGCAGGUUCCAGACGUCUCCCCCGUUCACCCUCGACAACCCCCCUCCCUCACCCUGCCCCGCAUCGCCCCGCCCACGCCCAGCCCCUCGCCACGGGCCCUGCGCAGACAGGUGGCAGUUAAAUUGGAUUCUGUGGAGUCCCAGAGUUGCGAGCAACAGGGGAGGCCCAACUCUGUCCAUCUGCCUCCCCUCUCCCCUCAUCCUUGCUCCCCAUCUCCCCUGCCUCCUCCUCCCCCCUCCUCCCCCUCAGCCCUCCCUAUCCCCCCCUCCUCCCCUUCUGCCUUCCCUCCUCCCUCUCACUCCUCUCUGCAUCCGCUACUGUCCUGCCCCUCUUCCCUCCCUCCUGCGCCGUCUUCCCCCUCGCUUCUCCUCCCUCCACCUCCCUCCCCCCGUCUUCGAAGACCUCGGCCGCCCUCUGCCGUCUCCCUCUGCGACCCGGCGGAUGAGGAGGUGUACCACAUCACCAGCUCCGCCCGCCACAGGUGGAGGAACGAGGAGGGAGGGGGGCAGGAGGGCAGAGGGAAGGCCGGACGCAGCCACUCCCUCUCCCCCUACACCACCCCCCACUCUCUCAACUCCCACUCCACCUCCUCCCCUCCUCCUCCCCCGCUGCCGCCUUCCUCCUCGAGGAGCGCCUUCCUCAGUCUGCUUGGGGCGGGACUGACGGACCCUGACUUCAGGAAGGGUUUGAGCGGUGACCACCACGCCAUCCCGAACGAACCGUCAUCCCCGUCCACCGGUUACCCUGACGACCAGCGGCGCCACUCUAUCGAGGUUUGCCUCCCGCAGGCCGUCAUCGACGGUGAUGACCAGGACUUUACACGUGAGACCCACCGGUCGGAGAAAGGUGGUCAGGCAUUUCCUGUGAGGGUGCGGUCGGUCGGGGGUGGCCACAGGAAGAAGAAGAUGAGUCCUCCUUGUAUUUCCAUCCACCCGCCCAGUGAGAGGGAACACCCCCAAAUAGCCUCACCCCCAAACCUGGCUGACUGCAGCACGCUGCUGAGACGCAGGACACCGUCCUACGACCUGAGCCCUGCAGAUUCACAGACGCGCACGCAGACGCACUCCCCGCUGCACACGCCGCUCACGCCCAUGCACGCGCCGCUGCAGGCACAAUCGCCGUCGCACACGCUGACGCCCUCGCCGGCGUCCACUCCGACACACACGCAGACAUACACGCCACCGCGUGCGUCCACGCCACCGCGUGCGUCCACGCCCACGCUCCCGCACGUCCCGAUCAGCCCGAACAUCUUCAUCCAGCCGCAUGCACCUCUCGUCCCGAGGCCUUUCUCGCAGACGCACUCCCUCUCCCCCGCUGCGAGGCAUUCCUCGCUCACGGGGGAGUACAUCCCCCUCCCCCAGUUCACCUUCGACCAGCCACAGUCCAGGUUCAUGAGCGGCCUGUCAGCUGGCCUAUCAGACACCGACACAGCCACCUGCUCUUCUCCCUUCGACAACAGACUGGGAAGCGGCGCAGGAUUCAGUGCAAAGAAUCGGAGGACCGCCCAGUGAACAUCGGGCAUUAGCCUGCAGGAAGUGAAUUAAUUGGUCCUAAAUCUCUGAAGUUGGGGGGAUGACCUCAGCAGAGAUUGGUGCUGGGGAGAAAAUGAGAGAAAGAAGUUUACUGGGAGAAGGAUUUGUUGUUGUUUUUGAGCGCUGAAAAGACAUGACUUAUUCUUUUCACAGAGACACUGGUACAGUCCCGCCCCAGAAUAAUAGACGGUGGAUCCAUCUUCCUAAACCCAGCUUGAAGGACAGCAGAUCCACUGAGGCUGUACCAGUCAAACAGUACCCACAGUACAUGGUGUGUUUGGGACUAAUACUGAUAACACACCAGGACUAAAGCCACCUAACUCCGUAGCCAAAGUUUUUUUGUUUUUUUUGACACACUGUCCCCACCCACGCGAGCCAAUCAGGAAGCAGCGUCUGGCUGACAACCUCUGACUUUUACAAGAAGUGGUUUGUGAGAUGCGAGCGUGGGGGGAAUCGUGGGAUAUGCAACUUCAGGUUUUCUACAGAAGUUCUGCUUGCCCCUCUUCUGCUCCUCGAUCACAUUGAUCAGAGCAGAUGUGUGUGUGUGUGUGUGUGUGUGUGUGUGUG